CAGAGGUAGAUAAUAAAUUUCACAAUAUAUGCAUAAACGGAGCAGUACCCAAACCUUAACACCGUGUACCUCUUCUCCCCCAUCUCAUCUCAUCUCAUCUGGUAGAUCGAUCUUGCUCUCCAAGUUUCAUCAAUGGCGCUCAAUCUCCGUCAAAGGCAGACAGAAUGCAUUGCGCGGAUGCUGAAUCUGAAUCAACCCAUAAAUGCAAGCGGAACAGCAAAUGAAGAAGUAUACAAGAUUCUGAUUUUCGACAAAUUCUGUCAAGACAUUUUGUCCCCUUUAAUUCACGUCAAGGAUCUCCGCAAGCAUGGUGUAACACUAUACUUUCUUAUCGAUAAAAACCGCAAGCCCGUUGCCGAUGUUCCCGCCGUUUAUUUCGUCAAACCGACCCAACACAACAUCCAACGAAUCAUCUCCGAUGCAUCAAAUUCCCUCUACGAUUACUUUCACCUAAAUUUCUCAUCAUCCAUACCGCGCCCCCUGUUAGAAGAUCUCGCUUCCGGAACUCUGAAUUCUGAAUCCAUUGACCGAAUUACGAAGGUUCAUGAUCAGUAUUUAGAGUUUGUAACCCUAGAAGAUAAUCUGUUCUCGUUAGCGGAUAAAUCUUGCUAUGUGCAAUUAAACGAUCCUAAAGCAAAUGACCGCGAGAUUGAAGAAAUAAUCGAGAAGCUCGUGAGUGGGUUGUUCUGUGUGUUGGCUACACUCGCGGUUGUUCCGAUUAUCAGGUGCCCACGUGGCGGACCGGCUGAGAUGGUUGCGUCAUUGCUGGAUCAACGUCUACGCGAUCAUCUACUUGUUAAGAAUAAUUUGUUUUCCGAAAGUGGCAACUUUUCCAGCUCGUUUCAGAGGCCCGUUUUAUGUUUGUUUGAUCGGAACCUGGAGUUGUCUGUUGCUAUUCAACAUGACUUUAGGUAUCGACCGCUUGUGCAUGAUGUGCUCGGGCUGAGACUAAACCGACUUAACGUACCGGGAGAUAAAGGUGGGAUGAAAUCAUACGAGUUGGACCGGGCCGACCCGUUUUGGGUUGCUAAUGGGUCACUGGAGUUUCCGGAAGUUGCAGUUGAGAUCGAGACACAAUUGAACAAGUAUAAAAAAGAUGUUGAUGAAGUCAACAGGCGAACCGGUGGAAACGAUGGAGCCGAAUUUGACGGUACGGAUCUAAUCGGGAACACCAAGCAUUUAAUGAACGCGGUCAACUCAUUACCUGAGUUGACUGAGCGCAAACAAGUGAUCGAUAAGCACACAAACAUUGCUACUGUCUUGCUGGGUGAAAUUAAGGAGCGGUCUCUCGAUUCAUUUGCGAAAAAAGAAUACGAAAUGAUGGUUAGAGGCGGGAUCGAUCGCGGUGAGCUUCUUGCGGUUCUUAAAGGAAAAGGUACGAAAAUGGAUAAGCUUCGGUUUGCGAUCAUGUUCCUUAUUUCAACGGAAACGAUCCCACAGUUGGAAGUCGAAGCGGUUGAAUCCGCUUUACGAGAAGCUGAGGUGGACACCAGUGCGUUCCAAUACGUCAAGAAGAUAAAAUCUUUAAACGUUUCGUUAGCAUCGGCAAAUUCCGCUAGCAGAAGCAACAUGCUUGACUGGGCCGAGAAGCUUUAUGGUCAAUCCAUCAGUGCCGUAACUGCAGGUGUGAAGAAUUUGCUAUCUAGUGAUCAUCAACUGGCGAUGGCAAGAACGGUUGAAGCUCUAAUGGAAGGGAAACCGAAUCCCGAGAUUGAAUCGUACCUCAUGUUUGACCCGCGUGCUCCAAAGUCAAACUCUGCGUCGGGCGGUAGUCAUAUGAAAGGGCCGCUUAAAGAAGCGAUUGUGUUUAUGAUUGGUGGUGGGAAUUAUGUGGAGUAUGGAAGCUUGCAAGAUCUUGCACAAAGACAGCAGCCCGCGAAGCAUAUCAUAUACGGGUCAACGGAGAUUUUGACAGGUGGUGAGUUUGUUGACCAGCUUACGAUAUUGGGUCAAAAGAUGGGUUUGGGUGGUAGUACCAGUGCAGCUCCUGCUCCUGCCCACUGAUAGGCAUGUUUCGAUGACGAAUUGUUGCAUACUUUUUAUAUAGAAGAAUAUUGUUUCAUGAAAACUUUAGCUUUGUGAGUAGAUUUCUGCUAUUAUAUUUUUAUCAUGUCUUUUGAGUGUUUAAAACUCUGGUUAAAUUAACGUGUGUUUGGAGAUUUUGAGCUUCAUAGAUGAAGAAAUGCAUAUUAAUCAUUUACUUUA